UUUCCACGUCAGUGUGUUUACCAGAAGCAGAGUGACAGCUGCAGGAAGGUGUUUGCUUUAUUCACUUAUGGAGCAUGUUUUGAAGAGUGAAUGAAUAAGCGUUAUUUGGAAAUAUUGCGGUAUUACACAGUGGAAUGUCCGACAUUUUUUGUUUGUUUAUUUGUCCAAGUGAACUGAACUUUGGUCUUCUUCGUUCACUGUUGGCCGGCUAGCCUGCUAGCUUGCCGAGCAAGGCUAGCAUUAGCUACAGCAGGACUCCAUCUUUGACAUAGCAGCCACACAGAAAAGCAGCAUGGUGGACAAGAAUAUCUACAUUGUCCAGGGUGAAAUUAGCACUGUUGUUGGAGCUAUAAAGAGGAACUCCAGAUGGAAUACACACACUCCAUUGGAUGAAGAACAGGACCCAUUACUCAACAGCUUUGGCCAUCUCAAGGAAAUACUAAACAGCAUAAAAGAGCUGUCGGAUGUUGAACCCAACGUUUUCUUGAGGCCCUUCCUAGAAGUGGUGCGCUCUGAGGACACCACUGGACCAAUCACAGGCCUUGCCCUUACCUCCGUCAACAAGUUCCUUUCCUAUGACCUUAUAGAUGCUAACCAUGAAGCAGCAGCAGAGGCCAUUGAAAACAUGGCAGAUGCAGUCACACAUGCUAGAUUUGUUGGAACAGAUCCUGCAAGUGAUGAAGUUGUCCUGAUGAAAAUUUUACAGGUCCUGAGGACUUUGCUGCUGACACCUGUUGGGGCCCAUCUGACCAACGAGUCUGUUUGUGAGAUCAUGCAAUCCUGCUUCAGGAUCUGCUUCGAGAUGCGCCUAAGUGAGCUCCUCAGGAAGUCAGCUGAACAUACACUGGUUGACAUGGUGCAGUUACUAUUUUCCAGACUACCCCAGUUCAAGGAGGAGGCCAAGAGUUAUGUGGGUGCCAACAUGAAGAAGACCCCGUCUGGUUUACUGGCGACUCAGGAUCUUAUUUGUGGAGAGCAGCAUAGAAACACAAGUCAGAAUGGCCGAGAGAGGUUGAAGAUGCGUGCCGGUGGAAUGAGCGAAUCAUCCAAAUGGAAGAAGCAGAAACGUUCACCAAGGCCACCUCGCCACAUGGUCCGAAGUCCCUCUGGUCAGAUGGACCCAAGUCAACCCAGCACAUUCAGCAACAACAACAUUUCAGGUGGUGUCCCAUUCAUUGAACAAGGUUUGUCCAACUCCAGCCUUCCAGCCUCAGACAAUGCUGGCUCGUCCGUUUCCAGCCCUACAACUACAGACAGUGGCCUGGACACCUGUUCCAAAGCCACCUCCAGGGAAGACCUUUCUGACCUGGAACAGUGUAGCUCAUCUGCAACCUCCCCUAGCACUGCUACUACACACCAUGGGAAUGAUUCUUGUGCUCUGGAUGGACAGUCUGAAAGUGGGCAGGUUGAACCAGCUCAGGCAAUCUCAGUGGAGUCCAUCCCUGAGGUUCUAGAGGAUAAAGACUCCAUUACAGAUCAGUCAGACAGCGCCUCUGUCCAUGACAUGGACUACGUUAACCCCCGAGGAGUCCGUUUCACACAGUCUACACAAAGAGAUGGAGCAUCUCAGCUUAUCCCUUAUGGCCUGCCAUGUUUAAGGGAACUUUUUCGCUUUCUAAUCUCACUGACCCACCCCAAUGACCGUCACAACACUGAUGCCAUGAUGCACAUGGGCCUGCAGCUGCUGACUGUAGCACUUGAGUCGGCACACAUUGCCAACUACCAGUCUUUACUAGUGCUGGUCAAAGAUGAGCUCUGCAGACAUCUCUUCCAGCUGCUGAGUGUGGACCGUAUGAACCUGUAUGCUUCCUCUAUACGGGUUUGCUUCUUGCUUUUUGAAAGCAUGAGAGUGCAUCUAAAGUUUCAACUUGAGAUGUACCUGAAAAAACUGAUGGACAUUAUCACAUCAGAGAACAUGAAGAUGCCAUAUGAGAUGAAGGAAAUGGCUCUCGAGGCCCUUGUCCAGCUAUGGAGAAUCCCCAGCUUUGUCACUGAGCUGUACAUCAACUAUGACUGUGAUUUCUACUGCUCCAAUCUGUUUGAAGACCUCACCAAACUGCUGUCCAAGAAUGCAUUCCCAGUAUCAGGGCAACUGUACACCACCCACCUACUAUCACUGGAGGCUCUGCUUACAGUGAUUGACAGCACUGAAGCCCACUGCCAGGCCAAGGUGCUCAACAGUAGCACUCAACAUGAUCAGUCGGAGACACUGAUGGCAGAAGGAGAAGGUUCAACUAAAAAUGGAACAGAUUCUGCAACUGAUCUUAGUAGACUGGGCAAUACCAAUGGCCUUCCUCAAGCUGAGAAUCCACCCGUGUGUCCACCUACCAGUGGACAUCUGAUGGCAGAGAAGAUGAGACUGGGUAGACAGGAUCAAGGAGACAGUGAUGCUUGCGAGAAGAGAGCUCUGAAAAAGCCUCAGCGUUUCUUAUCUUGUUUACCUGAUUCGCAGGAGUUGAUAGAAAUUAGAACAAAGAAAAAGCUGCUGAUCACUGGCACAGAGCAGUUUAACCAGAAGCCCAAGAAGGGAAUCCAGUUCCUGCAGGAAAAAGGCCUCCUCAGUAACCCCAUGGACAACAAUCAGGUGGCUCAGUGGCUCAGAGAAAACCCCAGACUGGACAAAAAAAUGAUUGGCGAGUGCAUCAGUGAUCGCAAGAACAUGGAACUCCUGGACAGCUUUGUGAACACAUUCACUUUCCAGGGGCUUCGUAUUGAUGAGGCCUUGCGGCUCUACCUAGAGGCAUUUAGACUACCUGGAGAGGCUCCUGUCAUUCAGAGGCUGCUGGAAACUUUCACAGACAACUGGCAUAAAGUGAACGGCUCUCCUUUCAUGAGCAACGAUGCAGGCUUUGCCUUGGCCUAUGCUGUCAUUAUGCUGAACACUGACCAGCAUAACCACAAUGUCCGCAAGCAGAACAUCCCCAUGACUGUAGAGCAAUUCAAGAAAAAUCUGAAAGGAGUAAAUGGAAAUAAAGACUUUGACCAGGAUAUGUUGGAGGACAUCUACAAUGCUAUCAAGAAUGAGGAAAUUGUGAUGCCAGAUGAGCAGACAGGUUUAGUGAAGGAGAAUUAUGUGUGGAGUGUUUUGCUGCACCGUGGUGCCACACCUGAAGGGGUUUUCCUCCUCCUGCCACCCGGCAGCUACGACCAUGACUUGUUCACCAUGACUUGGGGUCCCACCAUCGCUGCCCUCUCCUAUGUCUUUGACAAAAGCCUUGAUGACAACAUCAUCCAGAAGGCAAUCACUGGCUUCAGGAAAUGUGCAAUGAUAGCAGCUCACUAUGGCUUCAGUGAUGUUUUCGACAAUUUGAUCAUCUCCCUCUGCAAGUUCACCACUCUGAGUAGUGAGUCUGUGGAAAACCUUCCUACAGUGUUUGGCAGCAACAGUAAGGCCCAGACAGCAGCCAAGACAGUGUUUGACCUCGCCCAUCGGCAUGGCAACAUCCUGAGGGAGGGCUGGAAGAACAUUAUGGACUCCAUGCUGCAGCUGUUCAGAGCCGAGCUCUUGCCCAAACCCAUGGUUGAGGUGGAGGAUUUUGUGGAGCCAAAUGGAAAAAUUUCUCUUCAACGAGAGGAAACCCCUUCAAAUCGUGGUGAGUCAGCAGUGUUAAGUUUUGUCAACUGGCUGACGCUGAGUGGAGCCGAGCAGUCAGGACUUAGAGGGCCGUCCACAGAAAACCAAGAAGCCAAGCAGGCUGCUAUUCACUGCAUAAAGAAAUGUGACCCAGAAAAGCUAAUCACAGAGAGUAAAUUCCUACAACUGGAGUCUCUACAGGAGCUAAUAAAGGCUCUGAUAUCAGUCACCCCAGAUGAAGAGACUUAUGAUGAAGAGGAUGCUGCUUUCUGCUUGGAGAUGUUGCUGCGUAUUGUUCUAGAGAACCGAGACCGCGUGUCCUGUGUGUGGCAGACAGUGCGUGACCACCUCUGCCACCUUUGCGUUCAUGCUAACGAGAGCUGCUUCCUGGUGGAGAGAGCUGUGGUGGGACUCCUUCGACUCGCUAUCCGCCUGCUACGACGAGAAGACAUUAGCUCUCAGGUCCUUCUAUCCCUGCGUCUACUACUGAUGAUGAAACCUCACGUAUUGGCCCGGGUCAGCAGGGAAGUGGCUUAUGGCCUUCAUGAGUUGCUAAAGACUAAUGCGGCCAACAUCCACUGUACAGAUGACUGGUACACACUCUUCUCCCUGCUGGAGUGCAUCGGAGCUGGAGUGAAGCCUCCUGCCUCCUUUCAGCUCACCUCCACGACAAAUGACAACGAUACAGGGGCCCAGUCAGAUAGUGAGCUGUCAUCCCAUCAUUCAAGUGAAGUGACGUUAGACCGUGGCUACACAUCUGACUCAGAGGUCUACACUGAUCACAGCAAGACCAGGAUCCCUCGCUCCACAACGGAUGUAGAUGUAGCCAGCAGUGGAUGGCUCGUGGUUGGAAAAGAUGACCUGGAGAUGAGUAAGACUCCCCUAGUAAGCUCUAAAGCUCAGCUGACUCACCCACUGGUCAACCAGUACAGUCUGACGCUAGGCCAGGACCUGGGCCACCAUGACACAAAGUCUCUCAUCAAGUGUGUGGAAACGCUGUCCUUCAUUGUCCGUGAUGCCGCCCACGUCACCCCUGACAACUUUGAACUGUGUGUUAGAGCUAUACGAGUGUUUGUGGAGGCCAGCCUAAAUGGAGGUUACCGGAACCAUGACAAGAAGAAGUGCCACAAAUAUGACUCCUCAAAGUCCCGGAUGAGGAAGAAGGCAGGGGGCCGGGAAAAGGACAGUGGAGGCGGCACAAGAAGAGGCGGCAGCCGGGCAUCCAGCCAACGCCCAUCACGUUCCCACAGCGAUGAUGAGGAGGACGAAGGUGUCCCAGCCAGCUACCACACGGUGUCAUUACAGGUUAGUCAGGACUGUCUGGUGGUGCAGCUGUUAGACCUGAUGCACACCCUGCACACCCGGGCUGCCAGCAUCUACAGCUCCUGGGCAGAGGAACAGCGCCAUCUGGAGGCUUCAGGGAGGAAGAUCGAGGCUGACUCCCAAACUCUGUGGACCAGCUGCUGGUGUCCCCUGCUGCAAGGCAUUGCUUGGCUGUGUUGUGAUGCCAGACGACAGGUCCGCAUGCAGGCCCUCACCUACCUCCAAAGAGCACUGCUUGUCCAUGAUCUGCAGACACUUGAUGCAACUGAGUGGGAGUCUUGCUUUAACAAGGUGCUUUUCCCUCUGCUCACUAAGCUGCUUGACAACAUCAGCCCAGCAGAUGUGGGAGGAAUGGAGGAGACCAGAAUGAGAGCCUGCACGCUUCUGUCCAAGGUUUUCCUCCAGCACCUCUCUCCCCUGCUGUCCCUCCCAACCUUUGCCGCCCUCUGGCUCACCAUUCUGGAUUUCAUGGACAAGUACAUGCAUGCAGGAUCCAGUGACUUACUGCUGGAGGCAAUCCCAGAGUCUCUAAAGAACAUGCUGCUGGUGAUGGACACAGCAGGGAUCUUCCACAGUGCUGACUCCAAGACAGGAUACUCAGACCUGUGGGAAAUCACCUGGGAACGAAUUGUCUGCUUCCUGCCUAACCUGAGGGAGGAGCUGUUCAAACAGACUGUCAUACAAGAUCCAGUACCUGCAGAGCCUGUGCAGCCAAUACUCCCAGCAGGCCGGCCUCCAUCCCCUCAGGUGUCCCUACCACCUGCCCAGCCCCCCUCCCCUGUCCCAGUUCCAGCAGAGGCUCAGACCUCCAGCAGGCCAGCAUCACCCCAUGAGCUUCAACCAACCAGUGCCAACGGAUCAGACCGGUCGUCUCCGAUCCCACCCUCAGUUCCUCCCAUGCCGGUGCCGUUAACAGGAUCUCCUACCCAGGCUCCCUCACCUUUGAGCCAGUCCCCCCUCAUCCUGCAGCCCCUCGCCUCUCCCCUGCAGGUGGGAGUCCCACCCAUGUCCCUGCCAAUCAUCCUGAACCCUGCCCUCAUUGAAGCCACAUCCCCUGUACCGCUGCUGCCUGGUCCCAGACCUACGAGUCCCUCUGACGAGGUCAAGUAAGGGGAACUCCAUCUGCCCUCCAGCUGCAUUACUCUCUCUUUAACAAAUGGACCCAGCUCUUACUUUUAACUGCUGCUUGUCACCAGGUCUCUGAACUCUGUGGCAGGACAACAUAGAUAAAUUAUACCCUCUUUGAUUUACAGGAAAAAUCCCCCUAAACAGGUGACAUUGAGAAAGCAAGUUGCUGGAGCACCCUGCUUUGUUUGUGCAAUUUUUGUGUUUAUCUUCUAAUAAUACAUUAGAUAAAUGACUCAAGGGAGACAAUGUACUAGAUAUUUGGAACAGAAAAUAUUGCAUGAAACUCUUUCUAGGAGAAAUAUAAAGUGUGAUUGAGGCACAGUGAAUUCCAAAAUCUCAGCAGGUCUAAAGCACUGAGAGCGCCACCAUUCUGUCCUCACUCAUUUUGGGGAGGGGGGGAGAACUGGGUUUUGGCAAUCUGGGGAGAGUUUGUUAUAUCACUUGUGGAAAAUUUACUUGUAGAAUCCAUUACUUCUAAACUCAUUGCGUUAUGUAUAUUUUAAACUUAUACAAUAAAAAAAAUGACCAUUUCCCCACCUAAUUUUUAUUCUUUGGAAGGUAAGGAAGGCUUUAAAUUUUAAGUCUGAUGACAUUCUGUAUUUUACUUAGUCUUAAAGUCUAUUCAAAAGACUAAAACCAAUAUUGUGUUGCUCUGUCUCUUAAAAAGGCUCAAUAAUUUCCUAAAACAUCUAGGUCGUGUAGUUUUUAUUACACAAAUAUGAGGACAGCAAUAGGUCUCUAUGGAAUGGAGGAAUGAGGCACAUUAGGUUUUAAUACACACACCAUACUUCAUUGGAAUUAUUCGGUGUUGGUUUUUCUCUGCCCACAGGUUCUGUUGGUAAUAAAGGAUCAAAUACCACCAGCUAUGGGGCACAGUACAGUUUCCAACACCUCUGAUGAUUCUGACUCUGAGUGAACACUUUUCUUAAGUAAGGGUGUUAUCAUGUAUUCAGGAUUAACCUGAUGGUGGGCUGGACAGCAAGUGUAGUAUAACAGACCAGAAUGUUACGACUUUAGGGGUUCGUGUAGACUCGGCAGCAUUAAUGAAAUCAUUGCUGAAUUCUCAAAAGAAAGAGGAACACACUUCUCACCUGAAGGGUGACCUUCACAUAGAUUUUAACUUCAAGCUGACCUCUUAGCUUUGCUUGUAUGGCCAUGCUCUAUAUUAAUCUGGAGAUUAAACAAUGGCAGUGAAGAACCGCACAAAUACAUUGUUGGGAUUUUAGAUACUGCAUAUUGGUGAUUAAACAGCAUUUCUAUGGCAAGCCAUUUUAACAUUCAAUAGGCGAUAUCAACAACAUCAUGUUGACUAGUCAUAGAUACACUACAUUCCCCACAUAUCUAUACCAUCAUUCUGGCCAGUCAGAACCACAGUUAGCAACAUCUGUAAUUUAGUUUGGACUUGAAAAUAAUUGCUGCAUGUAUCUUAAAUGCCAUUGUCCAUCCAUCUAUUCUCUAUACAAUCUUCAUUAGGGUCGCAGGGGGGCUGGAGCCUAUCCCAGUUGACUUAUAGUGGACAGCUCACCAGUCUAUUACAGGGCUACACAUAGACAAACUAUCACAUUCACACCUACGGACAAUUUAGAAUCACCAAUUGACCUCAGUAUGUUUUUGAACUGUGGAGGAAGCUGGAUUACCCGGAGAAACAUGCACUCUCUAUGCAGAAAGAUCCAAGGAAGGCCGGGAUGCAAACCAGGGAUCUUCUAGCUGUAAGGCAACAGUGCUAACCACCCAAGCCACUGUGAGCCAGCAAAUGCCAUGAUGACUACACUAAUUGUUCAUGCAAGGCUUCCCAUUAAAUGUUGGUCCAGCAAAGCGUCUGAAGAGUGUCAACAGAAGUGAUGGCCGCUGCUGUGGUGUGAAAGAUCGUUAGAUAAAUGCUGGGAAGAUUUUGUGGAUGACAAGAGCUUCGUCCAUUAGAGACUUGCGGUCAAAAUUUACUAGAACUAGACAUGCCAGUAAAACGGCUGAAGUGCCAAAGUAUGUUUGAAAAUCCAAAACCCUCAUAGCUUCUGACCUAAAUAUCUGCAAAGUCAAAACUCAAAUUCAUGAUAUCUGUAAUUACAUUUCAGCAGGGACAGAAUUCCAGUUACCCACGACAUCAUUCUGACCUGUUCAGACUUCAUUUUGCGGAUCUUAAAGGGAGUACAGUUGUUGCUGAAUUGAGGGGAAAUUAAGAUGUCUUGAAGAAGACUUAUGUCUAGUCAGAAUUAAACUGUAGAUAUCUAAAACUGGAAUUACAAUUAGUCAUGAUUUAAAUGCAGAUAUCAGUAAUGAGAAGCCCAUUAACGUAAAAACGGCUUGCCAUGGUCUUCUGUAGCUUUGACUUCAGUUGGGUGUUCCAGAGGGCACCACUGAAGGAUUAAUGUCUGAAUCAGACCUGUAUAGAAAAGAUGACUAUUUAUAGAUGUGGUGGUUGGUAUGUUCCAGAGAAUAGCCAAACACAGAGACACUGAGCUGUACUGAUUAUUUUCUGUCUUUUUAGUUCUUAAUGAGCUUUUUGUCCCCGAUAGCUUACAAAAGAAGUGGCUGUGAUUCCGGGCGCCUUAUGAAAUCUAGUUAACAAAGAGUAAUCGUGUGCAUGUGAAGCCUUUCUCAGAUGGGCUGGAGACAUCACGCAACAUUUCAAAGUGUAGAUACCAGCAUCUGUCGGCAGGACACUCAGAGCUCCUUACAGCGACUCUCUUACUCUAUGAUAAGUCAUUAAAAGAGCUGAGUGUUGAUGUUAUUUGAUCAUGUUCGUGUAACUCGCUAUGGACGUCAGUCUAUGUGAUUAAUCCCCAGAGCCUGAGGAGGAAGUCUUUACAGAUCUCUUUCAUAUCACAAGGAAAUCUAUGGAAAACAUUAGAGCAGUAACUUAACACCUCAGCGUUUACUCUAACUGCUACGCAAUACUUGACGUUGAAAAGUGAAGUAACACUGAAAUCUCUUAAAUCUGAAUUUGGAAGCCAUCCAUUUCAGUUUAUGUGGUUGGAUUAUUCUGCAGGUAUAUGUGGCAGAACACACAUCUCAGAGAACAGGACUAACAUCAGGAUUUACACUAGACUCUAGCUUUUCCCUCAUAACAUCACAAUAAUCUUUUUGUCCCAUUUGUACUUAAAUCCAUCCAUUAUCUGUACAUCGCUUAGUCCUCAUUAGGGUCGCAGGGAGGGGGUACCAGUCCUCUAAAUGGGAUCAUAAUUUGCUAAAUAAACGCCAUGCUGUAUUUAAAAAGUACCCAAACUAGCAACUGAGCCCAUAAACGCCCAUAAAUAUUUACUAUGUUAACAGAUCAGAUCAGAAGUAGGCUUAUGCAGGUUUAAGGCACUUGUGCACAUGUCCAUAUUUUAAAUAAAGUUUAAUACAGAAUAAAACUUAAAAUCACCACCAGCAUACCAGAGAGGAAUUCAAACUGCAUAACACUGAUGGAUGGUUUACAAAGGAAAAUAUAUAAAUGCUAUAUUCAGUGGUAUUUUCACUUCAACAGUAAGUAUUCAGUUGUGGUAAAAACUGCUCCACUUGGCUUCUGUAGACAUGCUGAUGUUGUUGCAUGCUGAUUGUGCCUUGUGUACAAUAACAUGUAUUUUGGCAAACUGACUAAUACACCUUUCAGCUCCAUUCAAAGUGGCCCUGGGAUUCUCUCAGUGAUGUUUCAUGUUAUUUAUUGAAUUUGGGAAGAGGAGAUGGAUGUUUCCACUGCAGUACAGGCAACAUAGAUACAGUGUGUGUCAGUCAGGUAACAGUACAGCCUUAUGGAGCCACCAACAUGUAAGCUGUGUGUUUAUUUGUUGUACAGGACUUUUUACAGGAAAUUACAUGAAUAUAGUGUGUGUAUGAAUAUAUAUAUAUAUAUAUACACACACACACACACACACACACACACACACACACACACACCUAUAUAUACAUAUAUGCAUCUCAAAAAAUUAGAACGUCAUGAAAACGUUUUCUUGUAACUUUAUUCUAAAAGAUAUAAACUUUCAUAUGUUCUAUAUUCAUUAUACAUAAAGUGGAAGUGGAAUAUAUUUUAAGCCUUUCUUUUUUGAUGGUUGUGGCUUAUAGCUCAUAAAGACCAGAAAUCCAGUGUCCCAAACUAUCACAAAAAGUAUUUACAAAUGUCCAGCUCCUUAAAAGUAUGUUAAUUUAUACACUCAAUACUUGAUUGGAGCACCUUAACUACAGCCCACGUUACAUUGAUAGCAGCCUUCAGCUCAUCUGUAGUUUUGAGUCGGAUUUUUCUGAUCAGCCUCUUGACAAUAAACGUAUGGGGUUCUAUUGGGUUCAGGAGUUGGCUGGCCAAUCAACGACAACAAUGUAAUGACAACAAUGUAAUGACCAGCAAACCAUUUGAUAGCAGUUAUGGCACUGUGGGAAGAUGUUAAGUCUUGCUGGAAAAAUAAACUGGUACCUCCAUAAAGCCUGUCAGCAGAUGGAAGCAUGAAGUUCUCUAAAAUCUCCAGGAUUGACUUUGGACUUGAUAAAACGCAGUGUAUCAAUGCCAGUAGAUGACAUGGCACCCCAAAUCAUCGCAGACAGUAAACUGGACUUCAAACACCUUCUGAGCCUCUCCACUCUUCCUCCAGACUGUAGAACCUUGAUUUCCAAAUAAUCUGCAAAAAAAAUAUGUACUUCCAUCUGAGAAGUUGACUUUGAAACAGUGAGCAACAGUCUAGUUCUUUCUCUCUUUAGCUCAGGUAAGAUCUCCUGACUGUCUCUGGUUCAGGAGUAGCUUGAUAUUAGGAAUCCAACAGUUGAAACUUCUUUCCUGAAGACGUCCUUGCUUGGUGGCUCUUGAUGCACUGACACCAGCAUCAGUCCCAACGAAGCUCUUCCAUGUCUUGAAUCGACUUUUGUUGACGAUCUUCUCAAGGCUGGAAUCAUCAUUUUUGCUUGUGCACCUUUUCAUACCACACUUCCAGUCAACUUUCCAUUAACAUGCUUUGGUAAAGCACUCUGCCAACAGCCAGUCUUUUCAGCAAUGACCUUCUGUGGUCUGUCCUCCUUGUGGAAGGUGUCAAUGAUUGUCUUCUGGACAACUUUCAAGUCAGCAGUCCUCUCCAUUGUUGUGGUUGUGUGUACUGAACUAGACCAAGAGAUCCACAGUGUUUAUACCGUUUGAAUAAUACUUUUGUCAAACUUCAAAUUAAGUAUUUUGAUAAUUAAAAUGCUGGAUUUCUGUUUUUUUUAUGAGAUAUGAGCCGUGUAUAGUGAGUCUAGAAUAUGUAAAAAUGUUCACUUUUAAAAUAACUGCUGGAAAAUAUUAAACUUUUUCAUGAUGUUCUAAUUUUUUUGAGAUGCAUUAGUAUACAUAUAAAUGAAAGGAAAUGUACUUUUUACUAUGUAAUAAAUGUAAAGACUGUGCUCA